AUGCCAGCUAACGGAACACAACCCGGCAACAUCGACGAGAACCAGGCCAAACAUGCUCUCGUCAGCUCGUGGUUUCUCGGCCCGCGGGCUGAGAACCUCGACGUCCUGGAGAAGCUCUUCAGUCAGGCACUCUUGCGACAGAAAAAGACCCGGAACGAACUCGCGGGCGACAUUGACAAGGAUAUCUUCAUCACAGAGGACAUGAAGAAAUUAGAUAUUUACCAGCAAAGCAUUCAUAGGCUCAGCAAGAACUCGGCAGACUUGUCGGGCAAGCUGGCGAAGCAUUCUGUCCCGUUCUGGUCGCCUCGGUACAAUGCUCAUAUGAACAUGGAUACCACGCUGGCGAGCAUCAUUGGGUACAUGUCGACCAUGAUUUACAACCCCAACAAUGUCGCAACCGAGGCAAGCCCAUACACAACCGGAGUCGAGAGACAGGUCGGCGAGGAACUUUCUGAGAUGCUGGGAUAUAAUCGUCAGGACGAGAACCCCGCUCCCUGGGGCCACAUCACCUGCGAUGGAUCUGUAGCCAAUCUUGAGGCCAUUUGGGCAACGCGAAACCUCAAGUUCUACCCAAUUUCCCUCAAGCUCGCCAUCGAGAAAGGUCCCCUCAACUUCCUCAGCGUCGUCGAGCCGGCAUUCGAGGUCGAAACUUGCAACGCCGGCUCGAAGAAGUUCAUGGAACUCAGUAACAAGGAGCUCUUAAACCUAACGCCAUCCACGGUGCUCUCAAUCCCCACAUUACUGGGUAAGAAGUACUCCAUCAGCCCGGGCUUCCUUCAGGACGCACUGAGGCCGUACCUGGUCCAGACGACGGGCAAGGAUGAGUUGGAGCGCAAGUUGGAAAUUAACCGAGGAAAGUACAUGAUUUGUGCGACAAAGCAUUACUCCUGGCCCAAGGGCGGAGCCAUCUCGGGCAUUGGAUCCGAAAACUUCGUCGACAUUAACGUCGAUAACGAGGCUCGGAUGAACCCGAAAGACCUUAGGGCCAAACUCGACGAGUGCAUCAGUAACAACACUCCCAUCUUCGGCGUCGUGGCCAUCAUGGGCUCCACAGAGCACGGCGCGUGCGACCCACUCGCUGAGAUCAUCAAGAUCCGUGACGAGUACCAAAAGAAAGAAGGUGUGUCAUUCGCCGUCCACUGUGAUGCCGCAUGGGGUGGCUAUUUUGCCUCACUGCUGUGGGAACGUGGCGGCCGCGGUCCGGGCGACAUCCCGUACGUGCCGGCGAUGCCCCUGAAUCCAUACACCAAGACACAGCUGGAGGCUUUAAAGCACGCGGAUAGCAUAACGAUCGAUCCGCACAAAUCGGGAUACAUCAACUAUCCCGCCGGCGGACUCUGCUACCGAGAUGGGCGGAUGCGAUAUCUCCUGACUUGGACGAGUCCCAUUGUGUUCCACUCCGACGACGACAAGGGCAGUAUGGGCGUCUACGGUGUUGAGGGAAGCAAGCCUGGCGCAUCAGCUGUCGCUACCUGGCUUACCCACCAGUCGCUGGGACUUGAUCAGGAAGGCUAUGGCAGACUGCUCGGCGAGGCCAUUUUCUCGUGCACAAAGGUCGGUUCAACCCUCAAUUCCCUGCUUCUAGGUAUCCUUCUAUGGGCUAACGUCAGUUUUCUCCAACAGCUCUAUUGCCACUGGGUCACAAUGACGCCGAAGCCUCAGGAUCGGCCCGCUGACUCACUUAUCGUUGUGCCUCUCAUUCGUCUUCCUUCGGAGAGAACACCAGGCAUCGGUGUUGAGGUCCAGAAAGACUACAUCCGAAAGAAUAUCCUCGGCCGUGAUAACAAGACACUUUUUGAGGACAAAAAGGCCUGGGAUCUGCUGUGUGAGCUGGGAGGCGAUCUCAUGAUCAAUGCCUUUGCGACCAACUUCACGAUUGACAAUGAGGUGAAUCAGGAUGUGGGCGAAGCCAACUACCUCAACCAAUGGAUCUUCUCUAAGCUCUCCGUGUCAUCCGAGAAGGACGUGGUCAAAGAACGCCCGCUCUUCCUCACAUCCUCCGAGUUUGGCGAGAAGGCGUAUGGCAAGUGCCUAGAGACCUUCAAACUUCGCCUGGGUCUCAAAACAACCGACAAAGAAGGGAACGUCAAGCCCUCGCGAGGUAGCUUACGCUUCCUGAUCAACGUGACCAUGAGCCCAUGGCCCACAAGCCCCGACUUCAUGAGCCGUAUGGUCGAGGAGUUCCGCAAGAUUGCUGAGCGCGGCGUGAAUCGCGUCAUCAUCCGCAAUAAGCGGACUCCCGACUUCCACGGUUUCGUUGUGCAGGGGUUAGAGAAGCUCUACUUCACCCACAUCGCCAUGUUCAACAUGGCCAACCAUCGCAAGCAGCUCAUUAUUACGGCUGACCUCCCCGCGAACGUGCAGGCGCGGUACAAAGAGGAGCGCAGCAAGAGCCCUGGCCAGUUUUACACCAUCGCCAACAUGGAGAAAGAGAUGCUCGAGAACCUACUCGAUGGUCUGCUGAAUCCCGAUACAGCAUCCAAGCUCAAGUUCAGACUGGACAAGGGAAUCCCCGCGGGUAAUACGCCGCCGUUGGAGGAGGGCUUCGCGCUGAGCAAUGUGCGGGUGGUGGUUGAUGAGUCAAUGGCGUUCGCUGCGCUAGAUGACGAGUACCCAGCCAAGAUGCCCUUCUACCUCUACGGCAGCAAGAGUGAGGUCCACUUGGACCAUGUUCUUAAGACGGCACCGAACGCGCAAAUCAGCGCUGACCUGGUCAAGACAAAUCUGACUGAGCAUCUGACUGACGAGCAGCUCAAGCAGGGUGUGGUCAUCGUGCUGGAUGAUGUGUUUGAAGCCAGCUUGCAGCCUUUGCCGACAACAGUACAGGAGUCAGACAAACAGAAGCAUGUCCUGAAUCUUGAAGCCCCAGGCUUCUCCCUGAAAAAGGGGUUAGACCACAAGGCGUCUGCGUACAAGACGUACGAGGAGGCGAAGAGUGGAAAGGGUCAGUCCAUUGCUACGGGAACUAUUAGCAUUGGCGACGCCGUCUUCGCUGACUGGGAUGAUGUCAACAUGGACCCUGCUGCUGAGAAUGACCAUCAACACUAA